AGAGAAAAAGACAUGUAAUUUCUUCAACAGUAGGCCAGUAGCAACAAAUGUAAAUGUUAAAACUUUGGUCAAAAAAGAGACAUUUUACAUUUAAAAUGUUUCUUUUAUCAGCUGCGCCAGAACAGAAUUCUGUUCUGGCGCAGCUGAUAAAAGAAACAUUUUAAAUGUAAAAUGUCUCUUUUUUGACCAAAGUUUUAACAUUUACAUUUGUUGCUACAGGCCUAGUAAACAGAACGCAAAAAACAUCACGAAACUCUUUUGCUAUGAACUCUAAUAGUAUAUAUGUGAAUACACGUGCAUCUAGAAGAAUAAACAAGCAAUCUUUCAAGAUAAGUUUCUUCUGACAUUGUUUUCCAGUCAUUCUAUUUUCUCAUCAGUUAUCCUGUCGCGUUUAUAUAACAUAAUAUUAUAUAAAUUUCGUAUAAACUCACUGUUUAUUCAUACAGCAAAUUAUUGUACACAACAUUUUCAAAAAUGCUAAAAUAUAUCGAUGCUGAUCAUAUAAAAUCUGUUGAAAUAAAAAGAAAACUUGAAAAUGGUGAUUAUGUGUUGAUUAGAAAUAAUCAAGGUACAGCAGAAUUUUGGAAUGAUAUAUGUUUAAUUGGAAUGAAUAAUGAGAAUAAUGAGAAUGCUGAGCUCGCAAUGCUAACAACAGAAGUUGAAGUCUUGGAAGGAUAUGUAGCAUGUCGUUAUUGUAAAGAGGUCUACCAAAGUCAUUCAGCUAAAAAAGCAGAUGGAAGACGUGUUAAUUAUGGCACAACAUCAGCACAAAAUCAUGUAAGAACAUGCAAAAAACGUAGUGGAUCAAAUAACACAUCACCAUCAAUUAGUAGAUUUAUGUGUAAUAAAAAACAUUUGCCAGCAAAAAUGCAAGAAAAAAUAAAAGAUGCACAACUAAAAUUUGUUGUUGGUGGAUUGCAUAGUUUUAGUUCAAUAGAAAAGACUGGUUUAUUAGAAUUAUGCCAAUUAUGUAUAGAUAUUGGAAGUGCUUAUGAUCGUAUGAAUGUAAAUGAAAUUUUUUACGGAAGAACUACAAUUAGUGGUUUUUGUCAGAGAAAAUUUGAACAGGUAAAAGCAAUGUAUAAAAAUGUGCUUCAAAAGCCGCUUCAAGAAAAAAAUGUUGCAUGUACAACUGAUUUAUGGACUGAUGAUUAUCUACAGCGAUAUUAUCUUGAUUAUGAUUUGAUCCGCCUAACAACAUAUAAAGCAAAUUCUUUAUUCCAAAAGAAAAGAAGAAAUGCAAAAGACGUAGUGAUGUAG